AUGCCUACUCAUAGCGAGCCUGAUCUUGAGACACUUCGAGUUGUGGAUGGCGAAGGAGCUGGAGUGUUUAACCCCGGCCCUUUUGAGGUUGCCAGAGCGAAGGCAGUCCCAGGAUCUCGCGAGGGACUCCUCUUCAUCAGUCAGGAUAUCUUCGUGAACCACUGGAUUGCUAAUCGCGUAGCACCCGCAUUCUAUGUUCAAGAAACUCGUACUAUCGACAAGAUUGUUGAUCUCCUCAAGAACAAGUAUCCGCAUAACAGAGCGAAGGCAGGAUUCUACAUCCCGAGCAGCGAAAUAUCGAAGCCGAAGGUCAAUACCAGCCGAGACAAUACAUACCAAAAGGCGUGUGCCUUUGUUCCAUCGCGCAAGGUCAUUGACAAGGAUGGGGACAAUGAUCCGACUGAAUCGGUCAGAUUGGAUUUCAACACUAAGCUCAAGAUCAAUUACGAAAAUCUUUACUAUUACGGAAAUAGUGAUGAUGAUUCAAAGAGGAGACUCAAGUUUACAAUCACCUCCAAAACUUUUAUCGGAAUCAACAUCGAUCGUCGUCUAUUUAUUAGCCAGUUUGGAACGGGUCUUCAAGCUGGCUUCAACAUGAUUGCAGGAGCCAUGGGCUUGGAGCAAGAGAAGGCCGACGUCAUGGCUGAUUACAAUUGGGAGGCUGCGAUCAAGUCCAACUUGUGGAUGAACUACAAAUUUACGUUUGAAGUUGGCACAAGUCCUAAGAAUCGUGGAAGCUUCACCGUCCGGAACGUCAAGGUUCACCAUCUAAACGAUGACAACAGUCUAAUGUCGUACAAGCAUCGCCCUAGCGACGAAGACGCGCCUGGGUUCUGGCAGCAGGACGAUACGUACAACUGGGUUAGUGCAUGGAAGUUCACGUUUGGUGGUGAGCUCAGGAGCGCAGAUGCUAUCGGACAAGAUAUUGCCAUUGAUGGUGCAACGAGGUUCAAAGAAGCAGUGGCGGACUUGGUCAAGUCCCUGGGUGCAACUGUUAUUCUACCGGCUGGUGAUGUAUUCAUGUUCAAGGGAUUGAGCUGCACCCCAAAUAAUGAUGUCUUUACUCAGCUUGCAUAUGAUACUCCUAUGGGAGGUUCAGUUAACCUUCAAGAGGUGAAAAACGUCUCUUGGCAAGGCCCGAAGAUGCCGUCGAAGUAG